AUGGCGCUGCGCUCCAUGCAGCUGGAGAGAGAGCAGCUGAGAAAGUUCACGAAUAAAUCUUAUCUUCUGGAUAAAAGAAGCCGUCAUCAUGUAUAUCUUGGUUUAAUUGAUAUCCUUCUGGCAUAUUGCUAUGAAAUCUGUGUCAAUGAAGGAGACAAGAAUGUUGAAUCAUCUUGGAACAUCAGGAAACUGAGUGCAACAUUGUGCUGGCUGGAGAGUUUCACUAGCAUUCAUGACGUCCUGGUAUCUUUUGGAAGAAGAGUGCUAUGCUAUCCCCUACACAGACAUUUCGGAUUAGUGACACGUGCCUUCAGUGAUACAAUCAUGAUACUGCAACUAGGAAGAGCUGCAGUUUUGAAGUGUCUGCUGGACAUUCACAAGAUUUUUAUGGAGAAUGACCCUGGCUACAUCCUUAAUGAUCUCUUCAUUACAGACUAUUGCAUCUGGAUUCAAAAAACCAAGUCAAAAAAGUUGGCUGCACUCUCUGAAUCCUUGCAGAAAACCACACUCACGAAGUCCCACGUGGGAUUUGAACUAGAAGAGCUGGAAGCAGCGGCAGUGCUGGUACAGGAGGAAGAGCGCAUGUUAAAAGCUGUUGGCACAGUUUCCAAGCAACAGCUGCCUUCCUCUGAGUCGGAGACAAGUGACUCUGAAGAAUCAAGCAGUACUUCAUCAUCUGAGACAGAAGGCUCUGAUUCAGAUGAGCGAGAGUCCUCAACCAGUGACGAUGGGAAAACAAAUUCUUUACAAAACAUGCUUCAAGAGGAGAGGACAGCUCCACUUAUUGACUGUAAUGGAUUAAGGCAGGGCACAAACACUUCGACGUUUGAGGUUAGUGAUGAAAAAUCAAAGGUUUCUUUGCAAUCUACAUCUGUUCCUGGAAAAUUGAUAGAAGAAUUAGAAAAGCAAAUGCACACUGCAAUUAGACUUUCAGAACAGCCUGAAGGAUUGGCUACUGCAAGCUGCAUUUUACAGGAACAAGAAGAAAACCGUGUAUCUGAACCUGACAGAUUUUCAAAUGAUACUACUGGGAAGGGAAAUUUCUUGGAGGUGUCUUCAAAGACAAACCCAUUGCUUUUUCUUUGCAGCACAAAUGAAGAUGAAGACUAAAGGACCAUGUUAGAACACGGUGUGACCCACUAGCAACACAGCUCAUUGCUAUAACGAGGUGUUCCCAAGGCUAUCCUGCGCUGCAGAAAAAGUUGAUAUUUUUCUUUGUUGUGUUGACAGUUUGGAGGACAAGACUGCUUGAAAAGAAUUGAUAUGACUGCAUGAUAGAUACCCUCGUAGUUCGAUAUUUAUUUUUCUUCUCCGAUUCAACAGAGUCUUGAUUU